UGCCCCGGCGUCCCAUGUCUCACGCUCUGGGGUGGGGCCUGGUUUAGAAAUGACAAGUGGGAGAUGAAGAUAAGAGGGCGCUGCUGAGAGAGCGUGUUGUUUGGAGAACUCCAGGCCCCAGUGCUGUCCGGAUCUGGGCGACGAGCCGCUGGAGGGCUGAGAACCCGAGAUGACCCAGCCAUUCUCCAUCACCCUUGGUGUUCCGGAGAGCAGGGACGGUGCUAGCCUGGAUCUGAGCCCGUGCGAUGAGGGCGCUGUGCACAGUUCCUUCCAGCAGCUCCUCCGGGAGCAGAGCAUGGAGGAGCGGGAGCUGGAGCAGGAGCUGGAGCUGCAGGAGCUGACCCUGGGGGGCAGAGAGAACCUGGCAGCCGGCCGCACCGAGGCCUGGGAGGAGCCAGAGCCGAGGGGAGAGCACCCGGAUUUCUCUUCAGCCACGCUGCUGAUCCUUGCCAACAUGCCCAGCCGCACCAUCGGGCGCAGCCGAGGAGCCAUCAUCUCGCAGUUCUACAGCCGCACAGCCAAGCUUCGCCGCCGGAGCAGCCGGCCGCCGCUGCACCAGAUGUCCCGCUCUGCACGGCCCAGCCUGCGGCAGUACGACCUGGAGCUGGACUCCGGCCACGCAGAGCAGAAAGACACACAGAGCCUGCUGGUGAAGGAGCUGCAGAGCCUCUCGGGCAGCCAGAGGAGCCACAUGCUGCAGGCGAUGCCCGUGAGCCUGGCAGAGAAACGCAGCAUCAGGCAGGAGUUGGGUGGAUACAGAAGCACCCUGAAGAAACCUGACAGGACCAGGAGGCCUUUGUCCUGCUGUGGCCAACUCAAACACGGCUUCCUCAUAGGGUUCCGGAGUCUCUGGGAUGGGUUCCUCUCCCUCCUCCACUCCCUCCAGCCCUGGCAUCAUUCCCUGAAGCAGAUCAGCGGCCGCUUCGGCUCCAGUGUCUUGUCCUACUUCCUCUUCCUCAAGACGCUUCUCGCGUUCAACGUCUUCUUGUUCCUGACUCUCUUGAUCUUCGUGGUAGCCACGCAGGCUGCGUACCCCCCGGCUGCCGAGAACAGCAGGCUCUUCACGGGGCUCGAGCUCCUCACUGGGGCGGGCUACUUCACUCAGACUCUGAUGUACUACGGCUACUACAGUAACUUCACCCUGAACGACCCCUGCACCCCCAGCAGCAGGAGCUGCCAGCCUGGCAAAGGCCAUCUCCCAUACAACAUGCCGCUGGCCUAUGUGUUCACCAUUGGGGUCUCCUUCUUCAUUACAUGCAUCCUGCUGGUGUACAGCAUGUCCCGAUCCUUUGGUGAGAGUUACCGCGUGGGCAGCACGUCGGGGGACUUUGCCAUCAAAGUGUUCUGCGCCUGGGACUACAAGGUGAUCCAGAGACGCUUCGUCCGGCUGCAGAACGAAAACAUCCGGACACAGCUGAAGGAGCUGCUAGGAGAGCGGCAGUCUAAGUCCCGCCCAAUGAGCCUGUGGAGGAAGCUGGGCAGGAUGGUGGUUCUCAGUCUGGCCUGGGCAGUGUCCGUGGGCACCGUCCUAGGCUGUGUCGUCGCAGUGUAUUACUUCGCCGAACACAUGCUCAAGGUGCACCGGGACAGCCAAGACAGGGGGAGCAGCGAGGCCUGGCAGGAAGCCCUCCUGCUGGUUCUGCCUAUGGUGGUGUCUCUGAUCAACCUGGUGAUGCCGUACCUGUAUAACCUGCUGGCAGCCUGGGAGAAGCAGGAGUCUCCAGCGCUGGAGGUGUACGUGGCCAUCUGCAGGAAUUUGAUUCUGAAGAUGGUCGUCCUGGGCCUGCUGUGUUACCACUGGCUGAGUCGGAAGAUGGGAUACUCCUCGGAGGACAAGUGCUGGGAGACGUCGGUGGGGCAGGAGCUGUACCGCUUUGUGGUGAUGGAUUUCGUGUUCACGCUCCUGGACACUUUCCUCGGGGAGCUGCUCUGGAGGCUCAUCUUGGAGAAGAAGCUGAUGAGGAAGCAGAGGCCUGAGUUUGACAUUGCCCGGAACGUGCUGGAGCUGAUCUAUGGGCAGACCCUGACUUGGCUGGGGGUUCUCUUUUGCCCCCUCCUCCCAGCCGUCCAGAUCCUCAAGCUGCUGCUCCUGUUCUACAUCAAGAAGACCAGCCUGAUGAAGAACUGCCAGUCUCCCAGCAAGCUGUGGCGCGCAUCUCACAUGAGCACAGUCUUCAUCACCCUCCUGUGCUUCCCCUCAUUCCUGGGCGCCGCCAUCUUCCUCUCCUACACCAUCUGGGCAAUGAGACCAUCCAGAGCAUGUGGCCCGUUCCAGACGCAGGAGACCAUCUACGAGUCAGGGAAGACUUGGAUUCAAGAGCUGGAGAAAUCCAGCCCAAACAUCACCUGGUUCACCUGGAUACACCAGCACCUGGUGGAAAACACCUUCUUCCUGUUCUUUGUGUCUGGAGUCCUGCUAGCUGUGAUCUACCUCCACAUCCAGGUGGUGAAAGGCCAUCGGAGAAUCAUCCGCCUGCUGAAGGAACAGAUUGCCCAUGAAGGGGAGGAUAAGGUAUUUCUCAUUCAGAAGCUGCAGUGCAUUUAUGGGAAGCAAGAGACCCGCCCCUGAGCGCCAGGAGCCCCUUGGAAGAGCUGAAUGUGUGACCAGGACUUUCUCUCUGGCCGCAGUCUCCCGGAGAGACCGGAGCUGGGAAUGGAUCCUGGCCUCUCCGAGCCCCUUCUGAACGGCCAGAGAAGAUUUGCCGGACUUUACAGGGCUGCGCUGAGAGAUGCAGAUGUGUCACUGAAAAAAACAGUCUCCUGUUGGUGCUGGCACCCGGGCCCUGCCCAACAGCUGCACUGGCGCGUUAUCCGUGGGCAAAAACCUCUGCUCCUACCAUGUACUGGUGCUUGUAACUCUGUCUCUCCGGGGAAGGCUGCCGAGACCUUGCCUUCCAUUGGGGCACAGGGUCCAGAAGCCACGCAGGCUGCCAGGCACUGCUGGAGCCAAGCACACCUGGUGCCAACGGGUUCUAAAAGUGAGGGCCCAAACCUGCCUCUCGUCUGACAGUGUGAUGUUUAAUGCUGCUGGGCCUUCCGCUGGUGUCUGCGGAGCCACCGAACCCCAACCUCGCUGUCCCAGCGGCUGGGUGGUUUUCAGGAAGCCCCUCCCCUGGGGACAUGUUAGCUUUGUUACUAUUAAAACCACGCUCCCUCUUUCUAAGCUCCCCGUUGAGUUAGGAGUGUGAAUGGCACAGCCA